AUGGCGUCGUCCCCGUCCACGCCCGAGCGCGCGGGGGCGUCGCCCGACGCGCGAUCGCCCGCCCGACGCUUCGCCGUCGAUGACUUCCUGCGCGUCGAGGACGUGGCCAAAGGUGAGCGCGAGUGGACGCGCGUGACGCCGUGCGUGCGACGGGCGAUCGAGGGCGUUUCGUACGUGCUGCGACGACACGAGCGCGAGAGCGAUCGAACGCGCGCGGUGGGUGAGGCGUUGACGCGGCGGGUGAGCGCGUUGGAGGUCGAGCGGGGGUCGAGGGAUGGGACGCCGACGACGAUGGUGAUGAUUCCGGACGCGUCGAGGCGGGACGUGGAGGCGCUUCGAAUGGAGUUAGCCGAGGCGAGGCACGAGGCGAGUGAAAAGCGGUGCGAGGCGCUGGAGGACGCGGUGAGGGAGUUGCGAGAGGAGCUCGCGAGCGCGCGGGCGGUGGCGAGCGCGAUGGUGGAUCGAGUGGGGGCGCUGGAGGCGUUGCACGCGACGACGGCGAGCAAGACGGCGAUGGACUUGUUCGAGCUGGAGACGACGAUCGAGACGCGGACGAGUGCGAGCGCGGAGGCGAGCGCGCGAGCGGUGGAUUCGAGAUUGGAUAUUUUGGCCGGUGAAAUAGCUGACGUGCGGACGAUGUCGCGCGAGAUGGAGGUGGAGGUGCAGGAGACGCGCGCGAAGGCGAAUCAGACGGCGCUCGCGCUCGCUUCUGCGGACAUCCCGGCUCUGGCGAGCGAGCUGGAGAUCGUCAAGGCUCGAGCGGUUCGUGCGUCGCAGGACGCAAACUUAGUGAAUGAUGCGUUGCUCGAAGUGCGCGAGAACUCGGAGUCGAUCGAACGCCUCACGGAGGAGUGUCGCGAGGACGUCCGACGCGUGGGCGACACCGCGGAGCGCGUGCGCGAGACGUACGAGCAGUUUGAAAAACUCUUGGCUAAGACAGAGGAUAUGCAAACCAUGGCGAACGAGUUCGUGGAGACCAUUGAUGCGAGAAAACACCAAGCGCUCGAUCAUAUCGAAAAAGAGGCGCAGCGCAUCGCGACGCUCGGUGAAGAGAUUGCAUCGACGUCAGAGCAGCACGCGCACUUGGUGCAGGAACAGGGCGAGGCUCUGUCAUCGCAGCUCAAGGAAUGGGGCGUCAAGGUGGUGCAAACGGUGAGUGAGAAGGCGGAAUCGUCGGUGAACGAAGUCAUGGAGUAUCGCUUGCGAGAGAUCGAGUCAUCCGUAGAUAGUGUAGCAGCGCGAAACGCUGAGAAAGCGGCGCAGGAGGCGCGAAAGGCCGUCACGCUCGCCGAAGAGGCGUUGCGAAAGACGAACGACGAGGACAACGCAUUCAAGGAUAGUGUGUUGUCCAGCGUGAACAAGAUGAAGGCCGCCUCAGAUCGUGCCGAUGAACUGAAGCAGUGGAUCAACAAACAGUUCACGACGUUCGCCGAGCUUCGAGAAGAGAGUAUCGCCGCACUGAGAGGGAGCGAGAAGAGUUCAGCCGACAUGCUGGCAAAUAUCGCUGAAGAGCACAUUAGAUCUAUGAAACGGGUGCUUGGCGAAGCUGAGGCGACGAGAGGGAUCGUAGAGGCUGGAUUUAAGACUCGCAUAGACCGCCUCGACGAGAGGUUCGAGCGUUUUGAAGCGAGAGUUGCCUCGAGCGAAUUGCGCGUUGAGUCGUGCGAAGUGUCGAUGAAACUUGAGAAGGCGGCAGCCGGUCCAAAUGCGGAGGCGCAAGCGAAGUCGAUCGCCGCGGUGGAGAAAACAAUGAAGCAAAAUAUCGCGGCUGUGGAGAAGAAUAUGAUGGAGAACGUGAGCGCGGUGGAGAAGGAUCUGCGUCUAGAGCUGACGGAAUUAACAGAUCGAGCGGUGCACGGCAUGAGAAGAGAACUGACGCCGAUACAGGAAGCCCUGUUCGGCGGUGACAUCGCUCGUUCACCGAUCGGGUCACCAUUCAGCAAGUCGUCGAUGCACAUAGACGUAUACUCGGCGACCACCACGAGCUACGGCGACACGGGUCCGAUUCAGGCUCGCCUGAUGCAUCUGGCAAGGAAACAGGAUGAGCAAGACUUGAUAAUUCACAGCAUGCACGAGAGCAUGGAACGAACAAUCAAAGAUCGCCCGUCGACGACAUCAGUUCGAGAACUCAUCGAUGGCGUCUCGAAACGCGUCGAUGCGUUACAAGAGGUGGUCGAAUGGGAUAAACACGAGAAGCAGAAGACGAAGCGAAUCCUCACGGAGCUCCGCGGUUACGUCGAUUCGCGUUGCGCCAAAUUGGAGACAACGGCGCUGCGCGACUGGAACAAGAUCGGGGCGGAGAAAGCGGAGAUGAUCGUUUCUAAGGAAUCAUACGUCGAUCAUGGUCGCAAAUUCGUCACCCAUCCGGAGCUCCAAGCGGCAAUUGCGAUUGUGGAGGAGCACAUCAAGCGCCUGUCUCGACGAAUGGAGUCGAAUUCUAGCGAGUCGAAUCGAGCGGCACUCGCCGGAGUCGUGGACGCUGAUUUGAUUUCUUUCUAG